GGUUUAUUUCUAAUAAUUUUGAUAAAGGUAUUAAACUAAGUCUGAUAUUAAUAGUUUUACUGUUUUAUUACAUUUUUAGAAGAUAACUUGUGGCCUUAAAUUUAAUAACAAAUGGAAGAGACCGAGUCCGAAGACGUGACCAGUACGCUGUCUCACGACGAUUUGCUCGAAGUAACCAAGUCUACUGUGUGCACUUUACUCAGUUGUGAUCCUUUGCUUGCCGAUUUGCCGACUGAUAUUAUACUAGAAGAAAUCCUUGCUCAGAUUGCAGUUGAACAUGGGCAAUCUAUUACAAUUUACGUAUCACGAGAGGAUGAACCUACUUUGAAAGUUAUUGUCCCACAGAAUGCUUCAGUAAGGGAUCUUAAAAAGGCUGUUGCCAGGCAUUUUGAAAUCUACCAACAAAGAACAGGCAGCAAAGUGAAAAUCUCCUGGAAAUACAUCUGGAAGACCUACAAUUUGUGCUUUGACUCACUUGUGUUGGACAAUGAUAAUAGCACCAUUGAAGACUAUGGGGUUACCAAUAAAGUGACACUGACUUUCAAGAAGAGGAGAAAGAAAACAAAGAAAUUUUCAUAGUAUACAUCACAUUGUGAUAUUGUCUAAGUUUAAAAUAUAUGCUAUAAUAUAGAUUUUUCACAUGA